AUGGCGAUUGAUAAGCUCAAGAAGUACUACUCUGCACCAGAUACUGCAGGACUGAUCAAUGUAAAUACUGAUGCUACGAUCUUGGCACCGCAGUAUAAACUGGAGUUCUUUCGAACACCUGAAUGGCAAGAUCAGGAUUUCGCAUCCAAAUACAAAGCAGCGCUAGAGCAAAAGGCUGCUGUUUAUAAAAAUCGAAUAUAUGAUGCAUCCUCACAAGCACAAGGAUCUAUAUCCAGCACGCCUAUCCAGGAAAUUGAAUUACUGCUGAAUAGUGGUAGCACACGGCCUGCUGAAUCAUAUUCAGAACCAAGCCAGUAUCUCCAAGGAGGUUAA